UCUUGCUCCCGAGCUGUUCAACUGCGCUCUUGCUACUAUCAUAGGAAGCAUUUGUUGAUUUCUGGAUUUUUCUGGUAAGUUGAUUUUCCUUGACCUUCUUUUGGUUAUAUUUAUCUGGUACUGAAGCUAAAGAUCCUUGUCCCCUUGAGACCAUAUAUAUAAUCAACUUAGUUUCCUUCAGUAAAUAGAACCUUUCUUUUCUUGUCAUUUUUUUCCCAGGCCUAGAAUUAUUCAUCAUCACCUAUCAAAAUGGAUCCGAAUUUGAUCAAUGCAGCUGAAGCGCGAAAUAUCGACGCCUUGUACGAAUCAAUAGAGUUGGAUCCAUACAUUUUGGACAAAGUGGAUAAAAUUCCUUUUGUUCACACUCCUCUCCACGUCGCCGCAUCCACCGGGCAGACACGCUUGGCAGUAGAAAUCAUGAACUUAAAACCAUCAUUGAGUAGGAAGUUGAACCCAAAUGGUCUAAGCCCUUUGCACCUGGCACUGUUAAAUGGGCACUUUGAGACUGUGAAAGGGCUCGUCGAGUUGGACAAAGAUCUCGUAAGGGUCAAAGGAAGAGGAAAGCUCACUCCUUUGCACUCUUCGGCAGAAACAGACGAUCGUGUCGGCAUCUUAGCCGAGUUUUUAUGUGCUUGCCCUGAAUCAAUCGAGGACCAGAACGUUCGAGGUGAGACUGCUCUGCACAUUGCAGUGAGAAACCGCAAUGUGAGAGCUUUGGGAGUCCUGAUGGGAUGGAUUCUCAUGACCGGUAAGCAUUGGGUUUGGGUGAAAUAUAUAAAAGAUGGAAGAGGCAACACAAUUCUGCACAUGGCAGUGUCCACUUCGCGGCCUGAUAUUGUGGAGUCUGUGGUUCGAGGAUACUGCAAACUGAACAUGAAUGAAAGGAACUUGGAGGGUGCCACGGCCCUAGACGUUGCUGAAAGACUUGCUGCUGGUUUUGAGAGGACAAAAAUCGAGAGCAGUUUACGCUGCGCAGGAGCAUUGAAAAGUUCAUCACUUGCGAGUGAUUGUAGCGUUGUUGACUUUUUGAUUUCGCAACAGUCAUGGGUGGAAAAUGUGUAUCGAUUUUAUCUCUUAAUGCGGAAAGGGAUGUCAAUGGAGAUGAGGAACGCUGCAGUAGUGGUAGCUGCGCUGAUAACGACGACAACCUUUCAAGCUGUACUGAGCCCCCCAGGUGGCUUAGGAGGAGGCGACAGUCCAAGCGACGACAACAGUCCUUUCGCUAACAUAAACGCCACAUCGUCUACCAGCUCCCUUCUUCCUACUACUAACAUCAGUCGUAUCAACGCCACCAUAUUUACCUCAACAAACAAACAUCCAAAUCCCUUCCUCCCUAUGUUCUAUGCCAUGAACACCACAGCUUUUCUUGCCUCCAUCGCGAUGAUUAUACUUGUCCUUCCUUUUAGAGUUUUUGCCAUGGUCCACGGUUCCCUAAUAUUUUUGACGUUAUGCUAUGGGAUCUCAUUCAUGAUCAUACCGCAGAUGCACAACUUUGAUGCUUUUUUCGCGAUCUCAUCACCAGUUAUUGCUUCUCUACUUUAUAUGGUGUAUUUCAUCCCAAACAUGAUGGAAGAUCGCUUCGAAAUAGAUAAGCGUCUGGGUCGACACUUACUCGUGUCGCGACUUCAGGGGACACGCCUCCGGAUGCUAUACCGUGUAGCACACUAGUACUGAGAUGAACUGAAUAUGCAACAUGCCUUGAAGGGUUGCCUCUCAAUUCAGAUGAGCCGCAAUUGGAGAAGACAAUUGAUCGUGAUUUGGCUAGCUAGCUUUCCCAGCCUCAACUAACCCGAUGUUAAUUUUUCGU